UUCACACCAACUUUUGUAUAGUCAACUGAUAAGCUUUUAAAGGGGAUCAAUUGAACUUUUAAAGGGAAAUCUCCCAAUUGGAUCGAAGAAAUUUAUUACUAUUGGAUCGGGUUGGGCAUUAGAUGGCGCUGCGGAAGCCGUCAGAUCGACUCCUUGAGAUCUCCGACAGGGUAUACGUUUUGGAUAGCUGCUUCUCAACUGAAGAACUUGAAGCAGAUGAAUACAAGGUCUACUUGGGUGGCAUUGCAGCUGAACUUCAAGACUGCUAUCCCAAUUCAUCUUUCAUGCUUUUUAACUUCAAAGAAGGUGGCAGAAGGACCCACAUAUCAUACAUAUUAUCACAAUACGAUAUUAUAGUAGUGGAAAACCUUCAACAAUAUGAAGGGUGCCCAUUGUUACCAUUAGAUACGAUCAAUGAAUUUUUGAGAACUAGUGUAACCUGGCUCUCUAAAGCAGUUCAACAAAACGUGCUUCUAAUGCACUGUGAAAAGGGUGGUUGGCCCACACUUGCAUUUAUGCUUGCAGCCCUUCUUGUGUUUAGAAAACAGUAUGAUACUGAACGAAAGACUCUUGAAAUGGUGUAUAAACACGCUCCUAGAGAGCUUCUUCAUCUUGUAACACCUUUAAAUCCACAGCCUUCUCAACUGAGGUAUCUUCAGUACAUAUCCAGGAGAGGUUUUGGUCCAUCUUGGUCGCCCAUAGACGAACCAUUAGCUUUGGAUUGUAUCAUACUUAGAUUCCUUCCUUUGUUUGGUGAAAAGGGUUGCAGACCUGUAGUUCGAAUCUAUGGUCAGGAUUCAUCUUCAACAGCCAAUAGGGGCUCUAAGCUUUUGUUUACAUCCUCCAAAACUAAAAAACAAGCCCGCUACUAUCAACCGGAACAAUGUGAGUUGGUGAAAAUUGAUGUUCAUCACUGUGUUCAAGGAGAUGUGGUUCUUGAAUGCAUACAUUUGGAUCAUGAUAGGGAGGAAACGAUAUUUAGAGUAAUGUUUAACACAACAUAUGUGCGAAGCCAUAUAUUAAUGUUGAAUCGUGAUGAUGUUGAUGUUAUGUGGGAUGCAAGAAACCGGAUGCCAAAGAACUUUAGAGCAGAGGUAUUGUUUUCCGAUGCUGAUGCUCUACUAUCUACUCCACCUCCACCACCCCCACCCCCACCCCCACCCCCAUCUUCAAGAGCUACAUUGCCUCAAAUGACGGCACCCUUCUUGAAGGAGUUUGAACAUCUUAAAAUCCAACUGGAAGAAAUAAAAUCAGCCACUGACAACUUUGGUGUAAACAAAUUCAUCGGAAGUGGUGGAUUCGGGAAGGUAUAUCAAGGAGAAGUUUCUCACUCCAAUGGGAAAAGCAUGUGUGCUUUUAAGUGUCUAGAUACAAGGUAUGGGCAAGGAGAGCCUGAGUUCCUAAAGGAAAUCAUGAUGCUUUCUGAUUAUAAGCACAAAAAUCUCAUCUCUCUACUGGGUUUUUGCGACGAGGGUGGUGAGAAGAUACUUGUGUAUGAGUAUGCUUCUAAUGGGAGCCUUGAUCGUCAUUUAAGUUCUAAUCUUCUUACAUGGAGGCAACGCAUCAAGAUAUGCCUUGAUGCUGCAAGAGGAAUAAGCUUCCUUCAUGAUGACAAUGGCUCAAGGCAAAGAGUUAUUCAUCGAGAUAUAAAAAGUUCCAACAUCCUCCUGGAUGAUAGUUGGAACGCCAAAGUUUCUGACAUGGGACUGUCUAAAACAGGACCUGCUAAUCAACCGCACACAUUUGUUAUCACCCGCAAUAUUGUUGGUACCCCUGGGUACUGUGACCCACAAUAUAUGAAUUCAUACACUCUAUCAAAAGAAUCAGACGUAUACUCAUUUGGCGUCGUCUUAUUUGAAGUUUUAUGUGGAAGAUUAUGUUGUACUUAUAGCAACGGCAAGUUAGAUAAAAUUUUGGUGCCUACAUGGAAAAGGGCUUACAUAGAGAAGAAAUUACAGGAGAUUGUCUUUAAAAAUCUAACAAAACCAAUGGACUCCACUUCUUUGGAAAUAUUUUCAGGCAUUGCAUUUCAGUGUUUACAGGAAUAUCGUGAAGAUCGGCCAAAGAUGGCAGACAUUGUAGAAAAGCUGGAGACUGCACUUGAAUUUGAAUUUCGAUCAGAAGCAGCCAAAUAACUAUGAAGAUGGACUUGAGGCAUGAAAAUGCUUCUCUCCAAAGGGGUCUUUUCUAAUGGCUAGUUUUCUUUAGCAUGUUAUUUUUCAAAUCUAGACACCAGCUAGAAGAACUAAUUCUAUUUAUCUAAUGGACCAUAGUAUUCAUUAAAUUUAUCUAAUACAAAUUUAACUAAUACAAUA